AUGUGGGCUUUGAGAAAGUUGAACUUGGAAUGGGAUGUAACGGCUAAUCUCCGGGUUGAACAAUUGAAUGAGCUUGAUGAGUUCCGGUUUCAUGCAUACUCUAGCUCAUCCUUGUACAAAGAUAAAAUGAAGUAUCUCCAUGACAAGUAUGCCCGAGGAAAAGAGUUUAAGGUUGGUGACAUGGUGCUUCUCUUCAAUUCUCAGUUAAGGUUGUUUCCGGGAAAGUUGAAAUCCAAGUGCAACGGUCCUUUUGAGGUGGUUGGUGUUACACCUUUUGGUGCUAUUGACCUUAAAAACAAGAAUGGCGAAGUGUUCCGCGUAAAUGGGCAUAGGGUCAAGCACUACUUGGGAAAGUUCGAUGAUAGCCAUGUGGUGGUGCUCCUUCACUUGAAAUGA